AUGUCUGUACUUGAAUCCCUCCAUCUAUCACAUGAUCAAAUAGCUGUUCUUCGCGACAAUACAUUCAGUGGACUGUCUGUACUUGAAUCCCUCCAUCUAUCACACAACCAAAUACAGCUUCUUCGCAAUAGUACCUGCAGUGGACUGUCUGUACUUGAAACCCUCCAUCUAUCACACGAUCAAAUAGCUGUUCCUCGCGAUAAUGCCUUCAGCGGACUGUCUGUACUUGAAUCCCUCCAUCUAUCACAUGACCAAAUAGCAGUUCUUCGCGAUAAUACCUUCAGCGGACUGUCUGUACUUGAAUCCCUCUAUUUAUCACAUGACCAAAUAGCAGUUCUUCGUGAUUAUACUUUCAGUGGACUCAGUUCUUCGCGAUUAUACCUUCAGUGGAUGUCUGUACUUGAAUCCCUCCAUCUAUCACACAAUCAGAUAUCUGUUCUUCGCGAUAAUACAUUCAGUGGACUUGGACUGUCUGUACUUGAAUCUCUCCAUCUAUCACACAAACAAAUACAGCUUCUUCGUGAUAAUACCUUCAGUGGACUGUCUGUACUUGAAUCACUCCAUCUAUCACACAAUCAAAUACAGCAUCUUCGCGAUAAUACCUUCAGUGGACUGUCUGUACUUGAAACCCUCCAUCUAUCACACAACCAAAUACAGGUUCUUCGCGAUAAUACCUUCAGUGGACUGUCUGUACUUGAAACCCUCUAUCUAUCACACAACAAAAUACAGGUUCUUCGCGAUAAUACCUUCAGUGGAGGUCGGUACUUACAUCCCUCAAUCUAUCACACGAUCAAAUAG